UAUUUGACAUAGCUGUGAGUAAAAGGCGUAGCUAGUAAACACCACAGCAGACGUCCGAGGCUGAAAACACCAAUUGAUUAAACCCGUGCGCCGUUACAUGUUAAGUCUACCGGUGUGUUUGGUUCUCUUGGUGCCGUCCGCGGUUGUCAUAGUGACUGUCAGCCUCCAAAACAGCAGAACCGUCGGGGCGUUAGCCAGCCAGCUAACAAGCUAGCAUAGCAAUCAAGACGUAGCAGCAUCAGCCGCAGCUAGCAUUAGCAUUAGCAGCAGAAGACAAAGAUGAUAGCGCUUAUCAACAAGCUGCUGGACUGGUUCAAGGCGCUCUUCUGGAAGGAGGAGAUGGAGCUGACCCUAGUUGGGCUGCAGUACUCGGGGAAGACGACCUUCGUUAAUGUGAUAGCGUCUGGUCAGUUCAGUGAAGACAUGAUUCCCACAGUCGGAUUCAACAUGAGGAAGAUCACUAAAGGCAACGUCACCAUCAAGCUGUGGGAUAUCGGCGGUCAGCCUCGGUUCAGGAGCAUGUGGGAGCGUUACUGUCGAGGAGUCAGCGCUAUCGUUUACAUGGUGGAUGCAGCAGACCCAGAGAAGAUUGAAGCCUCCAAGAAUGAACUCCACAACCUGCUGGACAAACCGCAGCUGCAGGGGAUUCCUGUUUUGGUUCUGGGGAAUAAGAGAGACCUACCAGGAGCUUUGGAUGAGAAGGAGCUCAUAGAGAGGAUGAAUCUGUCGGCAAUCCAGGACAGAGAGAUCUGCUGCUACUCCAUCUCCUGCAAAGAGAAAGACAACAUUGGUACAACACAAACACACACACACGCUCAUAAAUUAAAAAAAAUGUAUGUUCUUUGUGCAUUAAACUAUAAAGUUAUGUUCAGAACAGUAUUGUUAUUUUGUGGAAACAAAACAAACAUAUCGUUACAUUUCCAUGCCAAAUUGAAGUUUCUGGCAAAUAAGUUAAAACCAGCAUAAACCUAAAAGUCAACCAGCAAAACACUCAGUGUCUGUUAAAUUGCACAAACACGUGUACGUGUGUUUGGCUGAUAACUUUUGUCUCUGCUGAACGCAGUGAAAUCCCUGAGAAACAUUAAUGAGACCACAGAGACAGGAGGUUUGUUCAGAUCUUUAACUUUGGUUUCCAUUAAGACACGUGCUAUGUAUGCGUAAACCACAGAAACAAAGCUUGUGAUGGUAAGUUGUUAA